UCUGCUGUCACCACGAUACAAGAUGACGACCCUUGUACAGUUGGCUGUUCUCUGUGUGCUUGUUGGUGUGUCUGUCGGAGUUUUAGUUCCGCUAGACGACUUCAGUACCAAGUCUUUAGACACACUCGUCAGGAAGAAGUUGAUGUUUAUGAUUGUGCACCAAGUGAACCAGACUGUGGAGAUCCAGGACACACUCAAACACCAGUGUGAAGUUAAAAUUAACCAGUCCAUAACGCAGUGCAACACAUGUGCCCAAAGUCAUAAUGCACCACCGCCGGCUAAUGUGUUGGGAGUUCUCCUGCCCACUCUCAUGCAGCCAGUGGUUUUGGCGGCGGGCUUGGUAAAGGACAUUGAAGGAAGUCUGGAAAGUGCUGUAAAUGUACUCGGGGACAAAACAGCUGAUUUUGUUAAUGACGUUGGUAGUGUUGCCAAGAAUGCAGGGAACUCCCUUAUCGGCGGAGUGUCCGAUAUCACCAAAGACGCUCUCCAUGGUUUGAGUACUUUCGGCGACCAAUUGGCUGGUUUGGCUGGAGAUCUUGGUCAUGGAUUGGAAACCGCUGUCCACGGUCUGGAGUCAGGCACAAUUGACUUCGGCAAUUCCAUCGGAAGCGGUCUCGACUCGAUCGGGGACCAGCUCACUCACGGCGCACAGGGCGCUCUCGAUGGCAUCAACAGCCUCGGACAUGAAAUCGAACACGUCGGAAGUAGUGUCGGCCACGCCAUUUCCAACAUUGGACACUCAAUCGGAAGUAUAUUUGGCAAGAGAAGCGCCUGUCCUAUCUGUGACAAACUCAACACCAAAACUCGCACUCCAGACGAGAUAUUAAAUGAUGUUUGUGGUGCCAAUGAACUCCACAGACAGCGAGCAGCUACAGCAUUGCUGACCAAAAUGAAGGCUAUUUACGACACGGCAAUCAAGCAAGCCAUUGUAACAAAGGUUGAGUACGACCCCGCCUCCAUUGACGUCACCAGUGGAGUCGCCUUCAAAACCGUCUACGUCACAUAUACCAUCACCAGUGAGUCCAGACGCUACCAGAGCCAGGUGCCACUUCGUAUCACCGCCCUCCCCGUCACCGGUGAUGCCCUAGGACAGGAAAUCUUUAACAGAUAAAUUCUCUUAAAAUAUUAUUUUACCAAUAAAAAUAUAUAUCGACCUAUUA